AUGGCUACCCCAAGUGUCCUUACUUUUGAUGCUGAGGGCCGUGCCGUUGACUUUGAGGUCUGGGUCGAUGACCUCCAGCUGUUUCUCCAGUGCGAUAGGGCAGACGGACUCUCUCUGUUCGAUCUCACCUCUGGUGCCUCUCCUGCCCCGCCUGCUACUGCUGACAGCACUGUUCGCUCACAGUGGGCCACAUGCGAUGCUGCUGCUCGCCUUGCUGUGCGUCGCCACUUACCGACCACUGCGCGAGCACACUUUAGCCAUCGGUCGGCGCUGCGCCUGCCCCGAGCGGGAGACGCCGCACCGGCAAGGGCAAGGGGGGCAAGGGCGCUGGAGGGGCUGGCGGGGGCGGUGGAGGUAGUGGUGGAGGCAGUGGAGGGAGUGGGGGUGGUGGUGGGAGUGGUGGCGGGGGUGGAGGUGUCGGUGGCAGCAGUGGAGGCGGAUGAGGCGGCGGCGGUGGCGGAGGGAGCGGAGGCGGCGGAGGUGGUGGAGGCGGUGGAGGCGGCAGAGGUGGCGGAGGCGGCGGCGGCAGCAGUGGACCUGGUCGCAGCUCUGCGCAGAGGAGUGGUUCUGGUGGUGGUACGCGCCAGCAGCAGCAGCGCAGUCGUGAGACCCUGUCCCCUCAGCAGCUUCGUGAGUGGUACGCUGCCCGUCAGCGCGGUGGGGGUACGGGUCCCUGCACCUACGGCGGGGGUUGCUAUCUUUGAUCUUGAUUUUGAUGCUAUUCUUGUUGCCAUGUAUGCUGUUGCUGAUAGUGUUGAGGGUGACUGUUACCUGUGUGUUCCGCCUGACCCGGGCAUUGAGCCUGCUGCUCUAGGUGCUGGUGAGGCUGCUGCUCUAGGUGCUAGCGCAUCUGCUGCCCCAGGUGCUGGUGAGUCUGCCCUCUUAGGUACCACGUCGGCUCAGGCCUUACACACCUUCACCCUUUACUCGGGUGCUUCCCGCUCCUUCUUUCGAGACCGCACCACGCUUACGCCGCUUAGUCGGCCGGUUGCGGUCUCCGUGGCGGACCCCUCUGGGGGUCCUUUCCUUGCUAGCUUCUCCACUGUCUUACCGUGCCUGGCAGCCCCCUCUGGCACCCUGUCAGGUCUCUACCUCCCCUCGUUCUCUACGAACUUGGUGUGUCCCAAGUAG